CAUGACGACCCGAGGCCGGCACGGCAAUGGCGACUCGCAGCUUGCGCGCGUAGCUACACUCUAUUUGAAUGCGGCGCGAGCGGUGAGUCUGUCAUUGCCUGCAAGGAGAGCGGUGGCCCUGGGGCGAGCGCUUGGCUUCUCCCACCGCGGCGGCCUCAGCACUCCGUGUCCGACCAGACGUUCGUGACGUGCGUCCGCCUCCGGUGUUCCAGUCCGCCGGUCCGUGUUUCCGCCGUUCGAAGCCCCGGCAGGACCGCCCCGGUGCAUUGUGUGGGUGCGCGCGCGACCUGCAUGGUCGGCGCCCUAUCAUGUGCGGUGUGGGCGGCAUGGUGAACGGCCGUCACAAUGCCCUUCGUGACACGCUCGUGAACACCAUCACGGACAUCACAGAGUGUCCGGCCACCGCGGAGCAGCACGACCACACCUUGCCAGAUGAUCGUCGGCCCGAUCUGCACUUCCAGAACCACCGGGGCGAAACUGAGCAUAUCGAUGUGGCUAUCGUGAGCCCGUGGGCAAGGUUGGGUGGCCAGAACCCCCGCACCACACGACAUGGUGCCGCCUUCGCGGCCGAGGAGGCCACGAAGCGCCGGAAGUAUGCCCAGCUGAAGCUAAACCCUGCAGUGGCGUCCUGCUUCCGCCGCCCUGGGGAAGGCCUCAUCACCCUGGUGCGCUCCCUGUGUAGAAACGAGGACCAGGAAUAACGCUCUGCGAACGUGAGCCUCGUCUGGCAGGAUUGGGCGGCCACUCUGCAGCACUGGAACGCCCGGCUCCUAGCUUUGGCUGGGCCCCUGAUCCUUCCGUAGUUCGCUGGCCUC